GAGAUGCAUCGAGCCUGAGUCUGGAUCUGUCACAUGGGGCCGAUGAGGAGAAGCAUCGAGCCUGAGUCUGGAUCUGUCACAUGGGGCCGAGGAGGAGAAGCAUCGAGCCUGAGUCUGUCACAUGGGGCCGAGGAGGAGAAGACACUCGCUUCCUGAAAUGAUCCCCGACUGGACGCCUUCUCACUCGUCUGUCUCCUCCUCUGUCAGCACCUCGCAUCGCGGCUGAUCCUCUUUCGUUUUCACCCUCGACCCGAGCGUCGCUGCCGAUGAUGAUCAGCAAAGUUAAAAACGCCAUGUCCAGCCUGGUGGGGGGGAUGACCACGCACGGACACCACCACCAGCACUCCCAGCAGCACCAGCAGCACCAGCACCACCACCCGGGGGGCGGCGGGGGGGCGGACAGCCUGCCGCCGCGGUUCCCUUACGGCCGGCCGGACUUCCUGCAGCUCAGCCCGGAGCUGCUGCAGCUGUCCACGGAGCACGCGACCCGGCCUGUGCUGACGCUGCAGAGGGGCUGCAGGCUCCCCUGGAGGACGGGGUACGCAGAGGUGAUCAACGCCGGGAAGAGCAUGCUGAACGAGGACCAGGCGUCCAGCGAGAAGCUGUUUGUGAGGAAGCCGAGCGGCAAACACAAGAACUCCAGUCUGCUGGAGGAUAACGGGGAUGGCACAGGGAUUCCUCUCCACUUCUGGGGUGUGUAUGACGGACAUGCAGGGUCCGGGGCCGCCAUCAUGGCCUCCAAACUUCUUCACCGACUCAUCCGAGACCGCCUGGGAGAAGUCUGCCACCUGCUGGAGAAUCCCACCUGCGCACCGCCCAUCUGCCUGGCCAAGAACGGCAGCCCGUACCAGGCGGACACAAAGAAAGGGGCUACCCAGGAACCAGAGGACCCCGAUGCCAUCAGCGACUCGGCGGUGCGCUUCCACAUGGAGAAGGUGGUUAGUUUGGAGAGUCUGGUGAUGGGAGUCAUAGAGACGGCCUUCCAACAGAUGGACGAGCUGAUCGAAAAGGAAAAAGCAUCGUAUGCCAUCUCUGGUGGGUGCUGUGCCUUAGCUGCCAUUGAUUUAAUGGGGAAACUCUAUGUGGCCAAUGCUGGAGACAGCAGGGCCAUAAUCAUACGGAACAAUGAAGUGAUACCCAUGACCAACGAGUUCACACCUGAGUCGGAGAGGCAGCGGCUGCAGUAUCUGGGCUUCCUGAGGCCGGAGCUUCUGGGUAAUGAGUUCACUCACAUUGAGUUCCCUCGGAGGAUCCAGCACAGUGAGCUGGGGAAGAAGAUGCUCUACAGAGACCACACCAUGACCGGCUGGGCUUACAAGUCAAUCGUUGAAGAUGACCUGAAAUUCCCCCUGAUAUAUGGGGAGGGGAAAAAGGCUCGUGUCAUGGCCACAAUCGGCGUGACCCGCGGGCUGGGAGACCAUGAACUGAAGGUGUACAACUCCAACAUCUACAUCAAGCCCUUCCUCUCAUGUUCUCCUGAGGUGAAAGUUUAUAACAUGGCCGAAAACAAGCACGGCCCAGACGACGUCUUGGUCAUGGGCACAGACGGAUUGUGGGACGUAACCACGGACAGGGAAGUGGCAGAUGCUGUGUCAGCCUACUUAUCCGGCAGUGACCCCUCUGAUCCCAUGAGGUACACCUUGGCGGCCCAGGACCUGCUGAUGAGGUCUCGAGGAGUGCUGAAGGAGCGCGGCUGGAGGCUCCCCAAUGAAAGACUGGGCUCAGGUGAUGACAUCACCGUGUUUGUCAUCCCGCUGGCGGGGAGCGAGUCAGAGACAUGACGUGAUGUCGCAGUGGCCCGCUAAGACAGCGCUGACUCGUCAGGGUUGCUCCAACCGUCCCUCCAAGCUCCCUCAACCCCCGGACCCAUGGGGCGUCGGGAGAGAAAAACACCUUUGCUGUGCUGACCUAUUUCGUCAUAUGACACUUUUCAUUGAACCGCUGACCCUGUGUCAACCCACAUAUGACUCAUAAAAUAACCUGAACCCUUACUAUAGCAACAACUCUGGUCUGAGCAGCAUCAACCUCUAGAUCAGACCCCGUCCCAGCCGCUUUACGUCAGCCCACACCCGGGAUCCCAUCUCCUUCGAUCACCGUCAUGUAACAGAAGAUUCUCAGCAACGUUUUAAAGAGAAGUCAAACUCCGCCUCCUUGACCUGCUGUUUGUAACAGUUGCCAGUGAGAAUUAAAAACCCUCGUAGUAUUUUUGUUUCCUGCUCAUGUUCGAGGCCAGAACGCUUUUCAAACCUUUGAACUGAUUCUUAAUUUUCAGGUCAUGGCCUAAAUGUGACUCUGUUUUUCUAAAAAAUCUAAUUUACAAUCUUACUUGGAAUGCAGGAGGGAAUGUGAGGAAACCAAAGAGAUGCCACUAUGGCAUAAGGAUGGAAAUCUGUACAAAGAAAAGAAAAAGGAUAAACAACAAAACAAAAAAAAUUGAUUCAUGUCUGUACAUUAAAGAAGCAUGGAGGUUGUUACAAAACUGAGGAAUGGACCUUUACAGCACAGAACCUGAACAGAAUCCAUCUCUGUCUCUGUCUCUGUGUCUCCUCUGAGUCAGUAUAGAUCAAUGAGGCACCUGAUGACUUGUUGCACACUGUGGUAGCCCGUUGAUUUGUGAUAUCUUUCUACUGAAUGUACUCAAAGAUGAUUUGUUUAAUUUUCUCAUCGCCGUGAAGAGAACAGAGGGUUUCACUUGAGUUCAGAUCAAAUAAUAUUUCCUUCCAUUUUACUGCUGUUUCUUAACAGGUAACAAGUAAACGAAACAUUGAAAUUUCUCUGUUUUUGAUAUUAGGGGUAGAAACAGUAAAUGUUGUUCCAUUAGUUUCACCAAAGCCUAAUUUAGAUUUGGCUGUUCCCCCUGGUCGUCCCCGAGUGAGGAGAGGAAACGGCGUCCUUUCGAAAUCAGUCGUUAAUCCAUAACUUACCAGUUAGCACGUGUUAGCAGAAUGCUAGCUCGAUAUAGGCAAAAUCGCUCUCACUGUUAGCAAAAAAAAGCAACAUUUGUAUUAUGUUUAAUAGAUAUAUAAACAAUGCUAUAUUUGGCAAAAUUAGAAGCACGUGUAAAUAAAUUAUAUUUGCCGUUUAGCUCCAUUCUUUGAGAACUACCUCGCUGCUGCCCUCUAGGGGAAUUGCAGCCAAUAUUGGUACCACGGCAUUAACAGGAAGUUGUCAUGAUGUCCUUAAAUCGGCUCCGGUUUAACCCUCUGAGGAUAAAUGUGUUGAUGUAGCAAGAUGUGAGAAACUUCACACUAAAGCCUUAUAAAGACUGAGAGGGACUUUUUUUCUGCACAAAUUUGAUCCUUCUAGACGUAGCUAAGAAUGUUAAAUACCCUUUCAUGUACUGGAUCCCUCUUUUGUACCAUUUCUGUUGUAUCAUGCUGUAGUUUAGAUUAUCCAUAUAUUUCAAGUCAACUUUGGUUGGAAGCAGUAUCCGCAUUUAUAUUUUUUACAUUUCUAUCCAUACUUGUUCGUUGUUUAAAAAGUUGUUGCAUCCUAGAAAUCGAGCUACCGAAAUGUGAGGUAGAAGAGGAAUGUGGACCAGUUUAGAAAUAAAUCAGAUUUUUCCCAAA